GGGGGCGUGGCGAGAGGAGUGAGUAGGCAGCUGCGAGCAUGCGUCGUGUAGGGCGGCGAGGGUGCAAGGCCGAGCAUCUUCGUCAGGGAGGGUAUUCACCAAUAGGCGGCUGUUGCUCGGUCUCUGGGGGCGCGGCCAUGCAGAUAAGGCGCGGGUGGGCGGCCCAAUGGGCGGGCGCCUAUGCAGAUGAGACGGUGACAGCCCGGCCAGCGGGCGGGCGGGCAGGCUGCUGGGGCGGGGAGGUGGGACCGGGAGAGGGGUGGCCGCGGGGCCCGGCCGGGCUGGGGCGGGGGGCCGCAGCCAUGAUCCGGGCCUUCUCGUUCCCGGUGAGCCCCGAACGGGGUCGGCUGCGGGGCUGGCUGGAGGGUAGCCUGGCCGGGCUCUGCGAGUUGCACUGGCUCCGGGAGAGGCAGGAGUACCGCGUGCAGCAGGCGCUGCGGCUGGCCCAGCCUGGAAUGGGGGGCGCCGAGGCCGAGGACGAGGAGGACGCCGAUGAGGAUGAAGAUGCGGCGGCGGCGCGCCGGGCCGCAGCGGCCCUGGAGGAGCAGCUGGAAGCCCUGCCUGGGCUCGUCUGGGACCUGGGACAGCAGCUGGGAGACCUGAGCCUGGAGUCUGGGGGCCUGGAACAGGAGAGCGGGCGCAGCUCGGGCUUCUAUGAAGAUCCCAGUUCUACAGGAGGCCCAGAUUCACCGCCCUCAACCUUCUGUGGGGACAGCGGCUUCUCCGGAUCCAGCUCCUAUGGUCGCCUGGGUCCCUCUGAGCCCCGGGGCAUCUAUGCCAGUGAGAGACCCAAGUCCCUAGGAGACGCCAGUCCCAGCGCUCCGGAGGUGGUGGGCGCGCGGGCAGCGGUGCCGCGGUCCUUCUCAGCACCCUACCCGACGGCAGGGGGGUCCGCCGGGCCGGAAGCCUGCUCCUCGGCGGAACGGCGGGCCCGCGCGGGGCCCUUUCUGACGCCCAGCCCACUGCACGCUGUGGCGCUGCGCAGCCCACGGCCCUGCGGCCGCCCUCACACCAACUCACCAGACGCGGGGGGCGCAGGGCGGCCCCUGGACGGCUACAUCUCGGCGCUCCUGCGCAGGCGCCGCCGCCGGGGGGCGGGCCAGCCCCGGACCAGUCCCGGGGGCGCGGACGGCGGCCCACGGCGCCAGAACAGCUUGCGCCAGAGGCCGCCCGAUGCGUCUCCGCCCCCCGGCAGCGCGCGGCCCGCGCGGGAGCCCUCGAUGGAGCGCGUCGGGGGCCUUCCCACCAGCCCCGCCGCCUUGAGCCGCGCCUGGGCGUCGCCGUGGGAGUCAGAGGCCGCACCCGAGCCCGCCGCGCCGCCCGCCGCCCCGUCACCCCCCGACAGCCCGGCUGAGGGCCGCCUAGUGAAGGCGCAGUACAUUCCUGGCGCGCAGGCGGCCACCCGAGGCCUCCCUGGCCGUGCCGCCCGCCGCAAGCCGCCGCCACUGACCCGCGGCCGCAGCGUGGAGCAGUCACCACCCCGGGAGCGUCCCCGGGCCGCCGGCCGCCGUGGACGCAUGACCGAGGCCUCGGGCCGCCGGGGCUCGCCCAGGGCGCGCAAGGCCUCGCGCUCCCAAUCCGAGACCAGCCUGCUGGGCCGCGCCGCCUCGGUGCCGUCGGGGCCCCCCAAAUACCCCACGGCGGAGCGGGAAGAUCCUCGGCCGCCACGGCCCCGUCGCGGCCCAGCGCCCACGCUGGCGGCCCAAGCCGCAGGGUCCUGCCGUCGCUGGCGCUCCACGGCGGAGAUCGACGCUGCCGACGGGCGCCGCGUGCGGCCCCGAGCCCCUGCAGGGCGCGUUCCCGGCCCCAGCCCAUCCCCGUCAGCUCCCCAGCGCCGUCUGCUGUACGGCUGCGCAGGCAGCGACUCCGAAUGCUCCGCUGGGCGCCUGGGGCCCCUGGGACGCCGGGGUCCCGCAGGAGGCGUCGGCGGAGGUUAUGGGGAGAGCGAAUCGAGUGCCAGCGAGGGCGAGUCGCCCGCCUUCAGCUCCGCCUCCAGCGACUCAGACGGCAGCGGUGGCCUCGUGUGGCCGCAGCAGCUGGUGGCGGCCACCGCGGCCUCCGGGCCAGGGGGCGGAGCAGGUGCAGGGGCGCCCGCGGGUCCCGCCAAAGUUUUCGUGAAGAUCAAGGCUUCCCACGCGCUCAAGAAAAAGAUACUGCGUUUCCGUUCGGGUUCUCUUAAGGUCAUGACUACAGUGUGAGGUUGGGGAUUUGCUUGGGCUCCCCCUUCAUGGCCUCUGCACCUCCACACUCCCCACCACUGACCCUUCCACAUCUACCUUCCAAAGACCAUCGUUUUCUCUGCUUCCAAAGACCCUCCUCACUCUCCCCACUCCUCACAGUCUUGGUUAAAAAGGCUCUCCCUCCACCACGGAGAGGAAGGUUGAGGGGCCCUGUUUGACCCAUUUCAGCUUCUAACUCGGAAGCCUUUGGGCAAGACAGUUCCCCUUCUAUGGGCGUCACUUUCCUCAUCUGUACAGUAAGUGUCCAUGUAUGCAAAAGGGGUAAUUCGGUUUGAAUUUCCCCAUUUUAGUUUAGAAGCCUAGUCUGUUUCCCUUCACUGCUCUCAUUCCUGAUGAGCCCUCUCAUUCCUCCUUUCCUUGCCCUGCGAUGGACCCCUUUCAUUCACAAAGUGCCCCCUCCAUGUCCCUGGACCCUUAAGUAUCCCCUUGGCACCCUGGUCAGAGACUCUGUGUCUGACUCAGGUGGUUCCUGCAGAGUGCCCUGGGAAGGGAAGGAGCACUGAUUUGGGGGUUUUGAGGGUCACGUAGGAGUUGGCAACACCUGGAAAGAAGGACUCUCACCUCAAUCCCUGGACAAUUAUGGAGGAUUCAGAGGUAGAAGAGGGAAAGGAAGAUGGUUUCUAUCUCGUGCCCCCACCCACUGUGAGAGGGAAUGGGGGAAGCCUGAUGACCCUCAGCUGUUCCAAUCUAGUAUUUUUUUUUUCUUUUUUAAAAUUACUGUAUUUAUUAUGACGACGGUGACUCCCCAGUGCAAAGGGGGGCCAGAUUCUGUGUGUUUCUCUAACCUCUUUGUAAAUAAAUGCAGUGUUACAUA